ACAUUGGGGAGUUUUCCCUGCACUCCAAGGGGAAUUCUCAACCACAACCUCUGUAUCCGGUAGUGGCAGAUGGAAAGAGAAACGGUUAGAAAAGCGCGGUACUUGCGCAGGAAAGUUGGAGCAAAGAAGAGUUCAGAAGUGGGCGGGUGUGUGUUUAAAAAAAAAAAAAGGGGGGUGGAAACCCCACCAGCCAAGUCUGCAGAAAAAAAAUAAACGAAGUCUGCCUAUCUCCGGGCCAGAGCCCCUCCCCUCGGCCCGCGCGGGAGGAGUGUGACCCAGGUGCCGCUUCCUCUCGCCGCCGAGGGUCAGGAGCCCGGGAGCGCGACCCUCCCCCGGCCAGGCCCGGCCCGGCCCGUGCCCGCGGUCUCUGCCCGGGCUGACGCCCAGGACCGUGGUCGAUGAGAAGCCCCAACAGCACGGCGUGGCCCCUCAGCCUCGAGCCUGAUCCAGGGAUUACCUCCUCCUCCACCACAAUGGACAUUGCCAUCACUGCAGGUGAGCUCUUAUCACACAGCCCUUCAAGCAGCCAGGGUUGGGGGCCUUGGCAUGGAGAGUCUUCCUCUCUGACCUCAGAUUCUUGUCCUCUGUUCACAGGGCCUGAUCCAGGGAUUACCUCCUCCUCCACCACAAUGGACAUUGCCAUCAUUGCAGGCGUGAUCGCUGCUGUGGCCAUCGUCCUAGUCUGCCUCCUCUUCGUCAUGCUGUACUACAUGUACCGGCACAGGGGCACGUACCACACCAAUGAGGCCAAGGGCACGGAGUUUGCUGAGAGUGCAGAUGCAGCCCUGCAGGGCGACCCUGCCCUCCAAGAUGCUGGUGAUAGCAGCAGAAAGGAGUACUUUAUCUGAGGGACAACAGACUUCACUUUCCUGAAUGCCUCCUCCAGCUCCAUCAGGAAAAAUACACCCCAUCGCCCAGCACCCCUGCUGAUACCACCAGACAGAGAGAGAGCACUUUCUUCUUCCCAAGAUAGGCACCUGGAAACACUAGGUGCCUGCCCAGGGAGGAAUGGAGGAGGACUCGCGCUACAAGAGCCCUCUCCCAGGGACCCAGGGAGGUGAUGGCCACCCAAGAGGCCACCCUUUGCUCCACGGAGGUGGGAGAAAGUCUGGGCACAUGGGGCCCCCUGGGCAGUGCAGAGCAACAUCAGCUCACUGGCAGGAAAGUCCCUGUUGAGGGUGAGGGGGUGCCGGGGUACCCGGGGGCUGGGGAAGCAAGGAAAUAAGUCAUCUGUAUGCUGACUGGGGAUAAUGGCAUCAAAUGUCAGUCCUUGACAUUUGGGAGAACAGCAGGUGCCAGAGCUAAAAGGUACCUUUGUCUCCCAUUGAUCCAGCUCAGAACGAUUGGAAAUAAAUUUGAAAUGUAACCGAG